AGUUCCUAACGAACAAUUGACCAAGCAAGAGUCUGGUUCUCUCUCGCUCGCUCUCUGCAACUCACAUGGAUUCCAAAGCUUCAACAACUGCCACUCCUCUACUGAAUCGGGAAAAACCUAAUAAUCUUCCAUCAAAUCCCAAGAAGGAAAGAGACUUCCUGAACCACGUCGAAGCGUACCUCGCAAAGAGAGAUGGCGUGGACAAGCUCCUCAAGAUAUCCAGGUACGCCACCAAGAUCAUACUCGCCUCAUCUGCCCUCCCCGAAACCCUAACCUUAACUCACCGCCUCAAGAGCUUCGAGUCAAGUGUAGGGGUGAGCCGCAAAGCCUUUAGGCUCGGCAAGUUCGUCCAGGACGUGAACGGUCUGAGAAACUCGAAUUUCGAUUCGAAUGAAGACCUCGUCCUCUCCCUCAUCGCCUAUGGAGGCGAGGGCUUGUAUUUCUUCGUCGAGCAAUUCAUUUGGUUGGCCAAAUCUGGUUUGAUCGAUAGCAAACACUCGCGCAGUUUGCAAAAAAUCAGCGCUUGGGCCGAGUUCAUUGGGUACGUCGGUAGCAUUUCGUUGAAAUUUAGGGAUUUGAAUCGAAUUUCCGAAGAUGAAAAGUGCCUGAAAUCGAGCAUUGAGAUCGCAAUUACGAGGGGAAAUAAGUGCCAGGAAGAAAAGGAGAGAUUAAGUAUAUUGUGUGAAAAGAAAUUGAUGAAGAGGCUUUCUGUUGUUCAAGAUGCGGCCGACGCGUUAAUGGCAUUAGCUGAUAUUCGUGACGGCGAUGGGCCCUUUUUGGGGCCGCUUUCGAUCUCGUUAGCCGGGAUGCUAUCGGCACUAAUUAGCACUCACAAGAAUUGGGUGUCUUGCUGAGUUUCAUGUCCUUCUUACGAGGGUCGGUCUUCCAUUAACGUUUCAGCUUGACUGGUAUUAUUCGGCAUCAACUUAUACUUUCGUAUUCAUGUUGUUAACAAGUGCACAAAUUUGAAGUACGGGCGUGCUACAAGAACAAGAGCAGAAGCAACUCACUUGUAUUAUUUUGGUAAUAGCCGAGUGGAGGCAUAAACUCAUCAGCAAAGGCAGCAAGCAACUCACUUGUUCUUCUAACUGGACUGGGACACGGAUGAUGAAGACUGUAGAGGCAAAAGCUGAUUUUGAUCCUUUGGUGACUGUUUGUUUGUUUGGAUUAUGAUGAAUAUAUCCAGAAUGCAGCAUUUUGCCUUUAAGCUUAGCAUUUUGAAGCCGUUAUCUUCAAGGGACAAAAUAAGAGAAUAAAUAUUUAA